CCUGCCGGAAGGUGGUUUUUCCGACGUAGUCUGUUUCAAUUUGAUUGACGGAUUCUCAGCCGCACCUUCCAUCCCAGUGGCAACGCAGCUUGUUAACGAAAAGAAAAUGAGCUAUACACGAGAUGGGUCAGAUGCCAAACGCUUGACAAGCUAGUCAGAUGUAUGUUGCAGUUUUAUUGGAGCGCAACAGGACGUGAUUUUCGCCUGAGUACUUCCGAGUUACUUGGUCUGGUCAGUCUUUCUUCCACAAAGAAUCACUGAAGAGCUAGAAUCCAGCGAUUACUUGAUUCGAAUUUCGUUCUUCGGUUGCCUGUCCAGAGCCAAUCAAAGAACGCGACUAUAAAGACAAAAAAAAAAGCAUGACGGCUCUAAAAACUUUGCGUUUGUUGGGAGUAGCGAUAGUGAUACUCGCUCAGGUGAGGACUGGCUUUGCGUACUCCAGUGGGGCACCCGCGAGCGCCUGUUCGGACAUGACUCCUCGCCACGGGGGCACCAAACCGACCACCCCGGCUCCAUUCAGGGUCACGGUGACACCAGGGAUUUUUCGACCAGGAGAUGUGCUGGAUGUCACCAUAAGCUCAUCCGACAGCAGAAUGUUCAAAGGUUUCUUGCUGGAGGCGCGGUCGGCCAACAAUCCAUCAUCGACCGAACUAAUCGGUACCUUCAGCAAUGAGACUAGCAAAUACAAACAGCCUUGCGGAGUUGGCUCGCUCACUCACUCACGGCCCGACGAUGCUGCUGUAAAAAUCUUCAAAUGGACGGCGCCCUCAACAGUCCAAGGCAACGUGAAAUUUCGCUUAACCGUCGUGGAAUAUUUCUCUGCCAUCUACACGAACAUUGAGUCCAGCACAAUUGUUGCCUCCACAGCCAAUACCAUAGCGCCUUCAACGACUCCUACGAACACUCCCGUGUCCACCACUGCUACCACAACUACCCGCGCCACGUCCUCCACCACCGCAGCUACCACACUCAGCACGACCUUAACCCUCUCUACUCGUCUUAGCACGACACUGAUGCUGUCCACCAAAUCUAGUUCAGCAGCGACCACAACCACGGCUCAAACUACACUCACUACAAGGGGCGUAACACCUGUCACGAAAGGGAGACAAUCUCUAGCCGAUCGCCUCGAGCAGCUACGUGACAGCGGCAGAUCACGAGAUAGCGAUGACUUGCAGAAGCUGCUAAUCGCUAUAAAUAACGCACGCAGAAGAAUAUCAUCGAGAAGGGGAACCACGGCAAGAACUUCACCAUGACGUCAUGAUGGCUCUGACGGUUAGCUUCAGAAUAACGCUCUGGCUGGAGACCACAAUAUGGCUGUGGGCAGACACGAUGUCACUACAACGACGAUGUGUUGGCUGAUCACUGCCAUGUGUUCUACUGUUGUCUGCAGGCUUUUCUGAAAAUGAACCUUCACGAAGCAAUAAAGAAAUAUGAAAGAAAUCAAC